UGAAAUGUAAUAUUUGUCUGAAGGAGCUCAGGUGGAACGACGUUUUCCUGGUUUUGCCUGGUUUUGAAAUCCCACGACGUUAAAAACGUACUUAUAAUUUUGAUUUUUUUUCGACAACAGGGUCUUGUAAAAUGGUUGGAAAACGCAUUUGCUUAAUCGGUGCAGGCCCGAGUGGAAUGUCAGUUCUCUACCAAGCUGAAAAACUGCGAAAAAAAGGCAGAAAUUUGCCAGAAAUUGUUUGCUACGAGAAACAGUCAAACUGGGGCGGACUUUGGAAUUAUACAUGGAGAACGGGUCUUGACGAAUAUGGUGAACCAGUCCACAGUAGCAUGUACCGUCAUCUAUGGUCAAAUGGGCCUAAGGAAGCGCUUGAAUUGCCCGACUACACAUUCGAGGAUCACUACGGCAAACCAAUCGCGUCCUUUCCAUCAAGGGAAGUCCUUUUUGACUACUUAAAAGGUCGCUGGAAGAAAGAGGAAAGUCUCCGUAAAUGCAUAUUGUUCAACCAUGUUGUCCGCAACGUUGACUACAAUGACUCCACAGACAACUUCACAGUCGUUGCAAAGAACUUAAAAGAGGACAAACUUUUGCCUCCGGAAGUCUUUGAUUACGUCGUUGUUGCCUCAGGUCAUUUCUCCACCCCAAAUGUGCCAUCUUUUCCAGGGAUAGAAACCUUCCCUGGAAUUGUGCUGCAUGCACACGAUUUCAGAGAUGCCGAAGCAUAUAGAAACAAACGAUUGCUGAUGAUUGGGUCGUCAUAUUCUGCAGAAGACCUUGCCUUGCAAUGUGCGAAAUAUGGUGCUUCGUCCAUUGUGUGCACGUGGCGAACAAAGCCAAUGGGAUUCAAAUGGCCUUCUACAAUCACAGAAAGACCUCUUCUGACAAAAAUUGAAGGUUCUACUUGCCAUUUCAAAGAUGGCAGCAAUUAUGAAGCAGAUUGCAUUAUUCAAUGCACUGGAUACCAAAUCAGCUAUCCAUUUCUGUCGGAAAAUCUUCGUCUGCGAGGGGAAAACUUACAGUACCUGGAAGGUCUUUACAAAGGAAUUCUUUGGACUGGGGAUGGCAAAGGAAAACUAUUUUAUGUUGGAGCACAAAAUGAAUACUAUACUUUCACUAUGUUUGACGUUCAAGCAUUGUGGGUAGUUAAGUACAUCAUUGGAGACAUGCCAGCACCAGAUUGCAAAGGAAUAGAAGAAUACUGGGCAUGUUGGGUUGAGAGGAGAAGCAAACUGAAAGACUGCCAUGAUGAGAUAGAUUUCCAAACAGAGUUUCUAGAUGGCCUUGCAGAAGAGUGUAAUUAUGGUUAUAACCUUGAUUGCAGUGAAAUUUUUCACCAGUUGGAACAUGAUAAAGAGGAAGAUAUUCUCACAUACAGAGACAAAAGUUUUGCAUCCAACAUUACUGGCACACAGUCCCCUUUUCCUCACUGUACAUUCAUGAAUGCUUUUGAUGAUUCCAUUAAUGCUUGUCUGGGAACUAGUCAUUAAUUAAUAAAAUUUAUCAAAAGUAAAUUUUCUAGUUUACAGAUACAAAGAAAAGGCUAAGAGAGCUUUACAGAGGCUAAGAAAAUUUACUAAAGAAAAUCUUUUUUUAAUGUUCAUAAGUUUCCUAUGCUUUAUAGAGUAGUCACAAUAUUGAUUUGUAUCAUUAUUGAAUACAAUGGCAGUGCCAUUGGAACAAAAUUUGUAUUGGAGGGGCUGCCUAUUGUAUUCCUUCUUAUUCAGUACACUGUUGUAAAGGAAAUAUACUACAGUUUGACAAUUAUUGGGGGGCUCCAGCACCCCGGU